AAUAACCAGGUCAUUCGGAAAGAUGUCAAUUUCAUCAAAACUGAAUAUGUCACUGGGGGAACAGCAACUUGCUAAACUUACAAGCGAAACUCAAGAAAUUCGAAUGCGUGCUUUGGAACAAGUAGAAACUGGGUUCAUAAGCUGCCUGCAGCAUAGCGGAAAUAUCAGUUUUAAUCCAGUACUAAUGCUAAAACAAUUAAUCCGAUGGUUCGGGCACUUGCCACUAAUUGCCUCGGAUCGAGUGCUGGCCUUGAUGUUGGAACUGCUACGGUCUGGCUAUGGCAAUGUGGUUAUGCAAAAGAUUACAUACAAACGAUUGGAUACAGAGCUGGAGAAAAUACGUCAAAUUUUGCAGGGCGCACAGACAAAACGAGUUGUAGAAUUGUUGGACAAUCUGCAAAGUCUGGCAGCAGUAAAGUAUAAUGAAAAAACUUGCAGUGAGACUGAUAAUGACAACAGUUCAAUUGAAUCACGAGGGAGCAGUGAAAUUAAUCCAAAUAUAUUUUCACCAGAUAAAUUUAAUCUCACAUCAAAGGAUUAUGAAAAGGCUUGGUCCUGUCCAAGUGAAGAUGACUUGACAACACUGAAAACUCUAAUGGAUACUCUGACAAUCAACAAUGAUCAGCAGCUUCAGGACAACUUAACAAAUCUACAAAUCAAAAUGCCCGAUUAUCCAUCCGAGUAUUUACUCCAGGAGCCGCACAUAUUUCUUCAACUGCUACAUUUAAUGAGCAUCCAUGCCAAUCAAACGCUUGUGUAUAUCGACAGUACAUUAAUCACCAUUUUGAAACGUUUGCAACGUCGAUUAAGCAUUCGGAAAAUAACUGUUAGCAUUUUGGCCGACAUGACAUUCACAACGCGGCAGACGCAGCAACUGCGUGUGACCAGUGCUUUGGGACUGCUUUUAUAUUUAUGCUUGGAUAAACUUGGUCCACCACUACUGGAGCACUGCGCUCAUAAUUGGCAUCUUAUUGAGCUGAGCGUUGAAAUAAUAAGGACGUUUAAGCUGCUCGGCGUGCCAUUGCCUAAUCGCUUAGUGGAACGUUUAAGCAUUAUAGUGCCCAAGCUUAUAAACUUUUGUAGCAGCGUUAAGACGAGCAAACACUUUGAAGUGCCUAAACUAGUGCACAAACUAAUGAUCCCACGACUCGAAUCCAUAAUAUUUAAUGGACUUUUACUGGAUGUCAUGCUCUUAAACGCCUCUUCCAAUCCGAUUAUUAACAAAUUGGCUGCACGAGCACUGUUACAGCCGCUUAUUGUAGACUGUACGUUUUUGUCGUGUGUGCCCACACGCAUGAAACAACUAUGCCACCUGUGCACCUUGCUCCGAAACGAAACUGAGCCCGAGGAAAUCCAGAUGGUACGACUGAAGCAUGCCUAUGGCCUCGCUAUCAGCCAGCUGCUACCUGGGGCUGAACUGUCGCCGUUAGAUUUGUUGCAAGUACAGCGCCAGAUCUGUCUUGUGCUGAUCCAACUGAGCAGCGAGAGUUUGCUGAAACUGCUCAUUGAAGCACUGAUUAAAUCCACUUUCUUCUAUGUAAGCACACCCGAGGUGCGUUUGAACGCAGAGUCUCUUCUCCAUACGCUUUUCCUUCUUCCGAACGAGAGUAUGCGUAUUUGCGCCCUGCGCUUACUGAAACAGCCCGUGGUGGAGCACUAUCACGCCUUUGUGAAUGGCACCAAUUAUUUGACUGGUUGCAGUAACGUACAGCUUAUCAAGCACCACAUUCUGGGUCUGCCCAUAAGUUGCCAACUACUGAGAAAGCUGCUUAUCGAAGCUUGGACGCCACAACACAAGUUACCACAGUUGCAACAGUGGUGCAUCGAUUAUCUUAUUAUGCUGCUAGGACUAGGCAAGCUUGUAUCUUACAAGGACUUUCAAUAUAUAUACAAUGAGGUUGAGCCCGUGCUGCCCCUUAUCGUUUGCCGCGCCAUCGACCAACCGUCAUUGCAAAUGCAAUUGUGGGAACUCCUCGAUCCCGAUGCCAAGUACUUAGAUACACCACAAAUGCUUCGCGGUAAUAUCUGUUACAUGUUUCAUCCGGAGGAAAAUUUACGUACGGACGCAAUAGCGAGAGUUGCCUACGCUCUGGACUUGCAGGAUCAUCAAAACAAGUACAAACCUGCAAUGGACAAGUACUGCCUGGAUUUGAUUAGGAACAACAUCUGUGUCAUACAACCGCCUGUCAGCUACACCAAUUAUUUCAGAGAGCGUACAAAUUUGAAAUUCACACCCAGUCUAAAGGCGCUGUUGCGCUUAGUCCAAACUCCUGAUCUGAAGCCAUGCAUACGCAGGUCUACUCUUAUCCAGCUGAAUGUGCUACUGCACGAUUGGAGCGCUGUUGAGGCUUUUACAUGCUUUGAGGGUGCUUAUCUGCUUUGUCUUAACGCACUUCGUGAUCCACUGAUGCACAACAGAAACUUACCCUUUGAUGAUGUGAAUACACUGCUUCCGGCGGUCGGCAUUCUUAUACGUGCGCUUUUUUGUAGCAAAAAAUUUCGUCAAGAGUUCAGCAAUAGCAGCGAAAUGCUAGGCUGCCUCAUGCGCUGUCUUUUUCUGAUGACACAAGAUGAGCAGCUACGUGUCAAGGUAAGCACGUGCAUUUUCGUGCUGCUCUUUCACGAGCACAUCUCGGCUACUGACAGUAGCCUCAAGCUGGACUUGGAUCUUUCAGCCAUGCGUGUGCCUAUAGACUACGAGCUAAGUAUCAACCCAGUGAAAACAACGGCAAGCGAAGGCUUGGCUAUGCAGCAGUAUUUGCUUGAGAAGCAUUUUGGCAACGAUGAGUCCGUUGCAGCUCGCCACUGGCGCAUGUAUGCAGCACAUAAGAUUUGCGGGAAUCCCGAGAAAAUUACCCUGACUGCUGUACAUUCAGUGGACAUGAGCGAUGCGCUAAAACUAACACCAGGCGACCUGGCAUUAGUUCAAGCAUCGAUGGCACAUUUGCAGUUGCAAAAGACGCUUAUCGAGGCGAGUAACUGUAAUAGUCACGAGACGCUAAAACAGCUCAUUGCCAGCAUUCAACUCUUUAUGGUACUAAUGCGCGGCGAUGUGCCUCAGCCGCACUGCCGUAGUCUGUGGCUGCUAAUGUCCAAGUAUUUACGCUUAACUCCAUCGACUAGCAACCAAGGAGACUGCCAACUGUACGAUUUCCUAUUGGAGUUGUGCCUAAGCUGUUUGCGCAUUCGGUUGCCCGAGGUUCUAACUGGCUUAAGCAAUGACCUGGAAACGGAUCCCCAUCAUAGUUUCUUUAUGGCCAUGCGGGAUCACAAUGUAUCCUUGCAUGUUCUAAGAUUGAUCUGUGAAUGCUUCGUACUGUUGCUGCGUUGGCACAGUGUCCAAAGCAAGUCCAACUGGCUUAUUGCUCUCUUCAUUGAGCUUAGCUCCCUGACGCACACACAUUUUGAGCUACGAAAUCUACAGCAUGUGCGCUGCAUGCUCGGUGUUCUACGGCAACUUUGCGAGCAUCGUUUUCAACUAGACGAUGGUCAACUACAUGCGUACUAUCAACACUUUGUGCAGUUGUCAAGUAACCUUCGCACCUCCACACAAACAGGCGCUCAGUGGCAACGCGACUGUCUACUUAUAAUAUCCCAAAUUUAUAGGCAAAUGGCAGAUCCGCAAACGGCCUCCGAUGCUGGUAACAGUAAGGUGCUGCGCUAUUUUCUGGGCCUCUGCGGGCAUAGCGAUAAAGAGGUGCGUGCAUUGGCAUGGAUUGCAAUAGCGGAUUGCAUAAGAAGCAGUCAAAGCUGUAUGUCAAUGAUAUUGUCCGAUUUUCAAUGCAUUCUUCCUGGUGGUCUGGCUGCUUGCUGCUUGAGCACAUUGGUGGAUCAGCACGAGGACAUGUUGAUACGUGAGUUUGCGGGUCGUGUAUUUGAGUUACUAAUGCCGUAUAUUGAGGCGUCCACUUGCCUGGAGCUGUUACGUCGAUACUCUAUACUACAGGAGGCUUCUGCUGCAAUUAACACUCUACAUACCAUGGUUAGAAAAACCAAUGAUAUCGUACAAUAUGGUAGCUCGUGUGGCAUCGUUGCGUGCUAUAUCAGCAUAUGUGUACGACAAAUCAUUUUGGAACCAAGCAUGUGUGCUAGUAUCUGCGAGCAUGCAUUCAUUAAUGGUCUUAGUGAUGUGAUAAAGUUGGAGACGCCCGUUAAACCACAUUUCGACAAAUACGUAGACUUAUGUGUCGAACAUAUUUUCAAGUUUUAUGCAUUAUGCUAUGAGCACAAUUUUGAGUUUCUGCAGCGCACCAUUUGUCGUGAUCCUGUGCUGCUGGAAAGCUUUAUUUCCUUGGUAAAUGAAGUACUGGACCAAAAAAUAGUGUUGGAAAUCCAGCUCAUACAUAUAGUAAAAUUACUUUUGGUGUUCUGUAAGGACACGAAUGCCUAUGAUAUCCUCUGCGAAAAGUUUUGGGAGCACCCGGAAUUACUCUUUCAUCUACUGCUUUAUGGACUUAACCAAGUCUUUGUGAACCGAACUGUGCAGCGCUAUACAUUAGCGUUGCUAUCGCUGCUGUUAGUCAAGUCGCACGUGGAGAAAAAGCAGCUUAACUUGCUAAGACUAUUUGAAGCCUAUGUCAAGGAAUGGAAUGCAAGUGAAGACGAAGGGGGCGAUAAUAUCGACAGCGGCACAACUGUUGAAAGCGAUGAAAAAGAAAAUACAAAAGCGUUAAGCCAAAAGCCUAAGGCACUGACCUUAAAGAUCUUCCCCACUAGAAAACCCCAAUUUCUUUCGAAAAAACCAUCCUUGGAUAAUCAACAGCCGAAACAAUUUACAAAUGCUGCUUGCCUAUUAUACAAAAAUUUGGAUUUGCUGUUCGAAAUUACGAUUCCUUCUAAAACAUACAGCUUCCUGAAGGCUCCAACUAAGAGUCAGGUGCAGAUUUGCGAAGUGCUUGGAAAUCUGUUAAAGCUGUCGCCAUUAGUCAUUGAGACUGCCCGACAAUUAAAGCUGUUAGAUCGCAUUUUAAAUUUGCUCGAGGAAUUUCUUAACGACAGCUCCAUUGGCAAUGCUACAGUUUACGUGCGUCGUGUAGGUGCCCAUAAAUCGCGUGAUAUCAUUAACAACUUGCUUGUCUUUCUGAAUAUGUUGAUGCAUUGGCAUAAUACACCGCAUGCCAUAAUCACAGAUCCAAUUAUAGCUGCUCGAAUGGUCCGAGUGUUGGUGCGCUUGUGGCCAUGGCUUUCACAUUCGACGACUCUCAAAAAUAUUACAGUGCGUCUGACCACAUUGCUCACAGAGCACUCCUUUGAGAUGUGCAAGCAAACAUCACAAGCUCCGCCCGGACAAUCACAUUCCCUACUUCAGCUGGUGGUGCGCGUGGCCGAUUACGAGACAACCAGGAAAGAAGGUAAUGGAAUUAAGGCUGCUUCUCCCGCGAAAAAUACCUCGAAUUCAAUGAUUGAAGCUGCACUACGUGUUAUGAUUAAUUGCUGCUCUUGUGCCGAAGGACGUUUAAGCCUUAGUAAAAUGUGUGUGCUAGACAUGUUCGAUACGCUUCUCCCCAACACAAGCAGCCAAAUAAUCAAAGUAAAGACUGAGGUGCUGCAGGGCUGGCUUUGCUUUUGGGAGAUAUUCUCGCGUUACGAACCUGGCUCUAAAAUUUGUCACUUUCAGGCCCUGCUCAACAUAAUCAGUCGGUCACCACCUACCUACCGCAUUCGACUAUGUUGUCUGCGCAUUCUGCGCAACAUGUGCUUCUGCACAAGCAAUCGCACGCAACUGAUAGCGAAAAAGGAAUUCACAGACGUUCUACGGGACAUUAUAUCGCAGUCGGUUCAAAACACCAAGGAAAGAGGAGAUAUAGGCUUGAAUACUUAUGAGGAACAUUAUAUGAUGGUCUUAAGCGUUUGGAAAAUUUUUGGCUUUUGUGCAAAAUACAAAGCCAUGCUUCGUGGUACAAAGCUGUACAAGCAACUUACUAUUUUAUACGACCAUAUAGCAUUAUUAAAAAAAGAACGCGGAGACUACUUUCUGCGUUUCCCAUAUGCUGUGGAGUUGUAUGAUUUGCUGGAGAAGCUUUUUAAAUCUCUCAAGUCAUAAACACAAAAUAAAAAUAAAAU